CAAGGAUAUUUUGGUAAAAAAUAAACCUUAUCUUCCUCAAAUGGAGUAAUUUCCACUCCUCAACUUCCUUUCCAUCACAUGCACACCCUUUUAAGAGAAACAUAAGUUUACUACAAAACCCAAAAUUACUCCAUUCUAAACAAUCCUCCCUUUUUUCUCCCUUCCUCUCUUUCUAUGGUUCUCCAAUUCCCAUCCUCAUAAAACCCAAAUUUAAUUCAUACUCAUUUUGCUAUAUUUUUUAAGGGGAUAUUUAAUCAGAAAUUAUUAUUGCAAAUCGAGUUCCGCUAAAAUAGUUUUACAUUGCGAAAAAGUGUUCAUACAAAUCAAUUCAGUACUACCCAAAACACUCAUUUUACUACUAAUCCCAAGAAGAAGAAAAAAACUUUCUCAAAAAAAGUACUCUGUUUCAGAAAUAGAGGAACCUGUUUUUUGUUAUUUUUAAAGGGAAUUUGUAAAUUAAAUGUACUUUUCGAGGUAAAUUUUUUUCUGGGUUUUUUCUUAAUAGAAUCAAGAAAUGGAGAAAGUGGGAAUUUUUCAAUUUUAAUCUAUUUUUCGAGGUAGUUUUUUCUGGGUUUUUUCUUAAUGCAAUCAAGAAAUGGAGAAAGUGAGAAUUUUCCAAUUUUAAUGUAUUAUUCGAGGUAGUUUUUUCUGGGUUUUUUCUUAAUGGAAUCAAGAAAUGAAAAAAGUGGGAAUUUUAUAAAUUUAAUGUAUUUUUCGAGGUAGUUUUUUCUGGUUUUAUUUUUUCAUAAUGGAAUUAGCAAAAACAGGAAAUGCAGAAAAUGGGAAUAUUAGUAGAGAAGAAAUACAAGCAGCCAUUGCUAAAGCUGUUGAACUCAGAGCACUUCAUGCUGCUUUAAUGCAACAAGGAAACAGUCCUUCUUCUCAUCAUCUUAGAUUUCGUUCUUCUCCACAUCAUUCUUCUCAGUUUUCUGGUCAUGAUUACCCUGUUUUUACUCCUAGUUAUGAAGAUGAGCCUUUACCAGGGUAUGGACAUAUGCAAAUAACAAACCAAACAAUUAGCGAAAAUUGGGAUGAAAUUAGAGGUAAUCAAAGUGGUUUAUCAACAGGAUUAGACAACAACAAUCACCAUGUUUGUCCAACAGAUGACUGUAAAUCCGUGGCUAGCUCGUGCACAAACGAAGGGGUUAAAUCGAGGAGAAGAAACAGUUUAGGAGAUUUGAGAUCAGUAUCAUCUUGCAACAAUUGUAAGCCUGCAACAAUUAGCAGCAUUGAUUAUAAUGAUAGCAAGAGUAGCAAGUACUCUAACAUGGUGGUGCCAUUAACGGAUUCUCAUGCUACUAUGACCGCGCCACAUAAGAAAUCUCGAGGGAUGAUUCUUUCGUGGUUAUUCAAGAGGAGGCAAAAGACCGGAAACAGUUCACCACUACGAACAGAUGAUCAGUCUGAAGAAGUCUCUCAAGUCCUUAAGGAUUAUGGAAGUAGUGUAUCAAUAGAAACCUUGAAAAAGGAGUUGAUUGACGCGAAUCAGAAGAAGGAAGCGGCCUUAAUGGAGGUUACGGAGAUGAGAUCUUCGUUUGGGGAGUUGAGGAAGAAGCUCGAGAAUUUGGAGUCUUACUGCGAGGAGCUAAAAAAGGCUUUAAGACAAGCAGUAUCGAAAAGACCUGAAAUAAGUGAAAAUAAGGUGAAAAGAGAAAAAGCCGGUGAUGAGGAUGACAGUAUGAUGCCUGUGAGUAAAGAAGUAAUGGUGGAAGGUUUCUUACAAAUUGUGUCAGAAGCAAGAUUAUCAGUAAAACAGUUCUGCAAAACAAUGAUUGAACAAAUAGAAGAGUCUGAUGAACAACUUACCCAAAACUUAAACCUAAUCCUAAAACCCUACAAACUUUCCAUCAAUUCAAGGUACUCAAAAUCAGUUUUCUACCACAUUGAGGCGAUAGUAAACCAGGCGUUUUACCAGGAUUUCGAAAACUGUGUGUUUCAGAAAAAUGGGAUUCAGAAACUGCUUGAUCCUCAGCAACAAAGACAAGCACAGUUUCAGUCAUUUGCUUCUUUGAGAAACCUGAGUUGGAAUGAAGUUCUGAAGAAAGGAACAAAGUAUUACAGUGAAGAAUUCAGUAAGUUUUGUGAUCAGAAAAUGAGUUGCAUUAUUAUGACUCUGAAUUGGACUAGACCGUGGUCUGAAACGUUACUGCAGUCGUUUUUUGUAUCAGCAAAAUGUAUAUGGUUGCUUCAUUUGCUCGCGUUUUCAUUUUUUCCGGCGUUGAAUAUUUUGAGGGUCGAAGAAAACAGAUCGUUUGAUGCUUGUUAUAUGGAAGAUAUUGUUACUGAUAAACAGAAGGGACACGGUCCAAGUCGGGUUAAGGUAAUGGUUAUGCCAGGGUUUUAUGUUCAGGAUAAGAUUUUAAGGUGUAAGGUUCUUUGCAUGUACAAAUCUGUAGUAUAAGUUAAGCAUUUUUUUUUAAUUCAAAUAUUUUGGUGAAGUAAUUUGAUUGAGGAAAACUUAAAGAGGGUUUGAUUGUGAAUUGUGAUGCAAGUAACAAGUAGCAGAUUUUGUUGAUUUUUCUUGUGUAAUUUAUCAGUAGUUGUAAAGUAAAUGAAGUUGAAUUCUUUCUUA